GUCUCGCAGUUUUUAUAAGCGUGAUUUGUGCGGCAUUCUUUGUCAUCACAGCCUACAGGUGGUAUGCCAGGAACCCAAUUGUUACCGUAAUAGAGAGCACUCAAGGUGCUAUUUGGGAUGUACCGUUUCCUGCAGUAACGAUAUGUGAUUUGAACAUGAUAUCAAGACGAGCUGCCCUUGCCUUUUCUACUAACAUAACACUCCCGGAAAAUAUUACCUCUGAUUUUAUAUUCAAGACUCUUAAGUUCGCUCCUUUAAUACAUUCCUCGACCUACGCCGAUUCAUCUCAGAUGAGAGACCUCCACAAGCUGCAAGACGUUUUGGACCUUAACGACAUGUCCAUAGAAAGUCUAUUUAGACUGCUCUCUCCGAUGUCGUCCUGUAGCAACUUAAUCGAGCGAUGUAUGUGGAAGAACACCCUGUACCGCUGCGAACAGAUCUUCCAGCACAUAUUUACAAGUGUUAACCUUUGCUGCACCUUCAAUUACUACGCCGUUGAUGAUCCUGAUAACGAGAUAAGAUCAUUCCGUUUUCCAACACCGAGGCGAGUUGCGUCCUGCGGCUAUCAGACUGCACUAACGACAAUUCUGAAAACGGAUCCAACUGAUUAUUAUAGUACCAGCUUUGCUUCCCUUGGAUCAUUGGUGUUCAUAGAUAACGCAUACAAUGUCCCCGACUUGGAUUCACCCGUUCGAAUGGCGAAUCCAGCAACCGAAGUGAUGAUCGCCGUGUCCCCGGAACGGACUUACACAACGUCCGGUAUUAAAUCCUUCCGAGCUGAAGAGAGAAAUUGUUACUACAAUGACGAAGUACAACUAGCAAACUUCCGUUAUUAUUCAUUUCACAACUGUAUGGCGCUGCGUAAAGUACAAAUAUUGAUGAACACGUGUAAUUGUGUUCCUUUCUUCUUCCCGCAAAAAGAUUACGGCAGAAUUUGCAACUUUCAUGACAUCGAAUGCCUGGAGAAAGUUAUAAAUCCAGCUUGGCUGAACGAAAAUAGUGAAAAUGAUAAUAAUCAUGAAAACGAUGAUCAAAAUCAUUUAGUUAAAUGUAUGCCAGAGUGUGAACAUUUCGACUACCCAUUGGAAGUCGCUUUGGGAAGGCUCUCCAAAAACAUUCCUCUCAGCGCGACGGCAUUCUUUGACAACAUUGUACUGGAGAACCGUUCGGUUGUAAAUGUAUUCUUCAACGAUUUGGUCGCUACGCGCUAUCGCCGUGAUGUUUACUUGAACUGGCAGAAUAUAUUAGCGGCUUUUGGAGGUCUCCUCAGCCUCAUGCUGGGCUUUACCCUCAUUUCGGGAUUUGACUUCGUAUUAUUUUUCUCAUUCAAAGUAAUAUACGAUUCUAUAUCGAGAUUCUUUAUCGGCGACGAGCAUUAUAAUUCAUCAUUUACUGGCCACAAAGGUUUUAUUUUAAAUAUCGAAGAACACAAGAAAGACAAUUGGGUGAAGAAAGCGAAGAAAACAAAGUUUCACGAAGUAAUGGAAAAGAAAAACCAACUCGAACGAUAUAUGAAUCGAUAUUAA